GUGUCUGUGUUCAGCAGUGUCUGUGAUGUGGAAUGGGGAUGGUGUGUGUCUGUGUUCAGCAGUGUCUGUGAUGUGGAAUGGGGAUGGUGUGUGUGUUCAGAAGUGUCUGUGUUGUGGAAUGGGGAUGGUGUGUGUCUGUGUUCAGCAGUGUCUGUGUUGUGGAAUGGGGAUGGUGUGUGUGUGUGUGUUCAGCAGUGUCUGUGUUGUGGAAUGGGGAUGGUGUGUGUGUUCAGCAGUGUCUGUGAUGUGGAAUGGGGGUGGUGUGUCUGUGUUCAGCAGUGUCUGUGUUGUGGAAUGGGGGUGGUGUGUGUCUGUGUUCAGCAGUGUCUGUGUUGUGGAAUGGGGAUGGUGUGUGUGUGUGUGUUCAGCAGUGUCUGUGUUGUGGAAUGGGGGUGGUGUGUGUGUGUGUGUUCAGCAGUGUCUGUGUUGUGGAAUGGGGAUGGUGUGUGUGUUCAGCAGUGUCUGUGAUGUGGAAUGGGGGUGGUGUGUCUGUGUUGUGGAAUGGGGAUGGUGUGUGUCUGUGUUCAGCAGUGUCUGUGAUGUGGAAUGGGGAUGGUGUGUGUGUUCAGCAGUGUCUGUGUUGUGGAAUGGGGGUUGUGUGUGUGUGUGUGUUCAGCAGUGUCUGUGAUGUGGAAUGGGGGUGUUGUGUCUGUGUUGUGGAAUGGGGAUGGUGUGUGUGUCUGUGUUCAGCAGUGUCUGUGUUGUGGAAUGGGGGUGGUGUGUCUGUGUUGUGGAAUGGGGAUGGUGUGUCUGUGUUCAGCAGUGUCUGUGUUGUGGAAUGGGGAUGGUGUGUGUGUCUGUGUUCAGCAGUGUCUGUGUUGUGGAAUGGGGAUGGUGUGUGUCUGUGUUCAGCAGUGUGUGUGUUGUGGAAUGGGGGUGGUGUGUCUGUGUUCAGCAGUGUCUGUGAUGUGGAAUGGGGGUGGUGUGUGUGUCUGUGUUCAGCAGUGUCUGUGUUGUGGAAUGGGGGUGGUGUGUGUGUGUGUGUGUGUUCAGCAGUGUCUGUGAUGUGGAAUGGGGGUGGUGUGUGUCUGUGUUCAGCAGUGGCUGUGUUGUGGAAUGGGGGUGGUGUGUGUGUGUGUGUUCAGCAGUGUCUGUGAUGUGGAAUGGGGGUGGUGUGUGUCUGUGUUCAGCAGUGUCUGUGUUGUGGAAUGGGGAUGGUGUGUGUGUGUGUUCAGCAGUGUCUGUGAUGUGGAAUGGGGAUGGUCUGUGUGUCUGUGUUCAGCAGUGUCUGUGUUGCAGAGGUGAUGGUUUGAGGCUCCUGGGCUCACAGAAGGAUUCGGACGCUGGCAGUGCAGCGGCGCUCCCCGCCAGGCGAAUGCAGCACAUCAUCGAGCAGAACCCCGACAUGGCCACGGCUCUGCUCGCCGGGGAGAAGCUGCGGGAGCUCAUCCUGCCGGGGCAGCAGGAUGACCGGGCCGGGCCGCUGGCGGGGCUCCUGGUCCACAUCAAACUGGAGCUGCCCUUCGACCGCGUUGUCACCAUGGGAACCGUCCUCAUCCCCAUCGUGCUCGUCACACUGCUGUUCACCAGGAACUUCGCAGAAGAGUCGAUCUACUGCUACACUCCACACAACUUCACGCGAGACCAGGCCCUGUACGCCCGGGGGUACUGCUGGACAGAGCUGCGAGACGCUGUCCCGGGGGUGGAGCCCGCGCUCAGGCGCUCUCUAUUCCAACACAAGUUCCUCCCGUACGCCCUACUGGCCUUCGCUGGCAUCAUGUACAUCCCGGCGCUGGGCUGGGAGUUCAUGACCUCCACACGCCUCACCUCCGAGCUCAACUUCCUGCUGCACGAGAUCGACAACUGCUACCACCGGGCGGCCGAGGGCAGGGCCCCGAAGAUCGAGAAGCAGAUCCAGUCGAAGGGGCCCGGAAUCACGGAGCGGGAGCGCAGGGAGAUCAUCGAGGAUGCGGAGAAGGAGAAGAGUCCCGAGCAGAACCUGUUUGAGAAGUACCUGGAGCGCCGCGGCCAGAGCAACUUCCUGGCCAAGCUGUACCUGGCGCGCCACCUAGUGAUCGUCUUCCUGAGCUCCAUCCCCAUCUCCUACCUCUCCACUUACUACGCCACGCAGAGGCAGAACGAGUUCACCUGCGCGCUGGGAGAGCCCCCCGACGUGAGCAGCGCCGCCCCGCUGGUGAUCCAUGUGAACUGCAAGCUCCCGGCCGUGCAGCUGCAGAGGAUCCUGUCCGCGGUGGACAUCUCCCUGCUGAGCUUCAUCAACCUCAUCAUCCUGGUGAACCUGCUGCACCUGUUCAUCGUGCGCAAGUCCAACUUCAUCUUCGACAAGCUGCACAAGGUGGGCAUCAAGACCAAGCGGCAGUGGCAGAAGUCCCAGUUCUGCGACAUCAACAUCCUGGCCAUGUUCUGCAAUGAGAACCGCGACCACAUCAAGUCCCUGAACCGGCUGGACUUCAUCACCAACGAGAGUGACCUCAUGUACGACAACGUGGUCCGCCAGCUCCUGGCAGCACUGGCCCAGUCCAACCACGACACCACGCCCACCAUGCGGGACUCGGGGGUCCAGACUGUGGACCCCAGCGUGGACCCCGCAGCUUUCACAGAGGGGGAGCUGGGAGUCAUCAAGAGACCCCGCAAGAAGAUGAAGUGGAUCCCAAGCUCCAAUCCUCUGCCCCAGUCCUUCAAAGAGCCGCUCGCUCUCAUGAGAGUGGAGAACAGCAGCAAGCCUGACAAACCCAAACCCGUCCGUCGCAAAACCACCGCGGACACCCUCAUAGCACCCCUGCUGGAGUCCAGCGCCAAGAGCACACAGCACCCGCCCAGCACUAAAGGGAUUCUCAGCUCCGUCGGUGUCGACAGAGUGAUUGAGAAGAAGCACUCGAGGCACUUCUCCCUGGACGUGCACCCCUACAUGCUGGGCACCCGCAAGCCCAAACCGGAGGUGCCCAUCCCCAGCCCCCACACCCAGGAGGCAGGCCGCGGGCACACCGUCGUCUCCAUCGCAGACAGCAAGGAGAGCCGAGCCGAGCCUGGCUUCCCCUCCCAGCCCUGCCGGACCCUGCCCAGUGCUGUCUACAUCAACGGGAGCACCAGCAGCCUUCCUGCUGCUGCAUCUGAGGAGCCCGAGAGCAAGGGCCCGGGCUUCAACAGGAACCCCACCCACCCCGUGCUGAACCACCCCCCGCUGUACGAAAAGGAGGAGCCCCCACUGAGCAUAGAGAGGACUGGAGAGCUCCUGACUGCAGGGCAGUACUGAGGCACACACCCUGCACCCAGCACCCUGCACACGAGCAGCCCCUGAGAGGAGUGGAGAGGAGAGGACGGGAGAGCUCCUCACUGCAGGGCAGUACUGAGGCACACACCCUGCACCCUGCACACGAGCAGACCCUGAGAGGAGAGGAGAGGAGAGGAGAGGACAGGAGAGCUCCUCACUGCAGGGCAGUACUGAGGCACACACCCUGCACCCUGCACCCUGCACACGAGCAGCCCCUGAGAGGAGAGGAGAGGAGAGGACGGGAGAGCUCCUCACUGCAGGGCAGUACUGAGGCACACACCCUGCACCCUGCACCCUGCACACGAGCAGCCCCUGAGAGGAGAGGAGAGGAGAGGACGGGAGAGCUCCUCACUGCAGGGCAGUACUGAGGCACACACCCUGCACCCUGCACCCUGCACCCGAGCAGCCCCUGAGAGGAGAGGACGGGAGAGCUCCUCACUGCAGGGCAGUACUGAGGAAUCUCACACACUGCUGAACAUUCACACUCACUCAGAGAUACACAGAAAGCAGGUUCCAAUAGAAAGCUGCCUGCAGGCCACUCUCUCCACACAAAUAACACAAGCUAACUUUCCAUUGCAAUAUACAUCAGGGACAUAGAGGAAUGAAACAGGAGCUGAACACAGAAACAGCAGUAUAAUAAAAUAAAUACUUGCCAUGAUCCAGGGACUGAGAAUUCAUUCACAUGCCUGGUCCUGAUGAGCACCUUGCAUCUGAGGAGAGGGGGUCAGGACAGCCUCCUCCAGACUGUGAUCCACACACUGGGGUUCAGGACAGCCUCCUCCAGACUGUGAUCCACACACUGGGGUUCAGAUGAGCCUCCUCCAGACUGUGAUCCACACAGUGGGGUUCAGGACAGCCUCCUCCAGACUGUGAUCCACACACUGGGGUUCAG